AUGAGCCACAGCACUGUGGGAGCAGAGACCAUGGAGUCCUCUUCUCUACUUCUCUGCAAAGGGCUCCUGCUCACAGCCUCACUUUUAACCUUCUGGGACUCGCCUGCUGCAGCACUGCUGACAACCAAAGAAAUGCGGUUCUCAGCCGCCGAGGGGGCGAAGGUUCUUCUCCAUGUCCCUGACCAGGAAGAGGACCUCGUCUCCUUUUCCUGGUACAAAGGGAAAGAUGUAAAUGAAAAUCUCACAAUUGCACAUUACGAAAAGUCCAGCGACUCACUUCAAAUUGGAAAGAAAGUCAGCGGCAGGGAAGAAAUCUAUAAGGAUAGCUCCAUGAUGCUCUGGGCUAUCACCCAGAAGGACACGGGAUUCUACACUUUACAGACCUUUAAAGCACAUGAUCAACAGGAAAUAACGUACGUCCAUCUCCAAGUAUACAAGAUUGUGACGAAGCCCUACCUGAAGCUCAACCACACUAGGGUGAAAAGGAAGAGUGCCUCAAUUUUCACCUGUGUGUCACCUGACACUGGAGUGGACAUCAGCUGGUUCUUUAAUUACAAGCCCCUGAACGUCACAGAGAGAGUCACACUGUCAGCUGAAAAUCGCAGGCUCACCAUAUCUCCUGUCUGGAAGGCAGACGCAGGGAUCUAUCAGUGCGAAGUCUCCAAUUCCUUUAGUUCUAAGAAGACUAAUCCACUGCUCAUGGUCUUAGCUUAUGGCUAAUAUCUCCUCUCUUCCUACACCAGAGCUUUGCUGUUUUUCUAUCACUAGUGUGCACAGCUUAUGGAAGUUAUGAGGAGAAAAUUAUCACUGCACACAAGAGAGACAGUCAGUGUGGUGACAUACACCUGUAAUCCCCAAAUAAAACACAGGUCAGGAGGAAGAUGAGUACAAGCAAGGCCAGUCCAGUUACACAGUAUGACAAUGACUUUAAAAUAAGACCUCAAUAUAGGAACAGAAUUGCAAAGGAGGGCCCCGGUUCUGAGUCACAGAUGGAUCUGCCCUCAGGAUCCAGAGGGGACUUCUCAGAUGCCUCAGGUUCACCAAAAGCUGUGGACGCUCAGAGUCCCCUGUUAAAAUGCUCCUGUGCUUGCACGGAGCUAUUCGCGUCUCCCCACAAUCUCAAAUCCUCCAUAGUGCCUCAGCCCUGUGCGGUCUAGACCCCAUCUAUCUGCUUGAAGUUGGAAUGAUGGUAGGAGUGGGACUAGGCAUAUUUCAUUUCACUGUAGAUAUAUGUUUCUGGACAGUUUUCAUCUGUAUAUUGUUUGAUGCGCAGAUGUAAGAUCCAUGGACAUAAAGGCCUGGUGUACUGA